AGUCACUGGAGGCUCAGACACACAAAUGGCUCAGCUGCUGCUUCUUCUGCUGUUGCUGUGGGCUGACUUCACUGUGGGCGAUGUGCACAAGAGGAUUAUUGGAGGUCAGCCAUGUCCACAAGAUGAGCGGAGGUACCAUGUCCUGCUCAGAGGAGAUUUUUUCAACGGUACACACAGAGGUGGAAACUUCUGUGGUGGCUCUCUGAUCAAUGACCAGUGGAUCCUGACUGCGGCUCACUGCAGAACCAGGAUGAGGCCUCGCCUGGCUCCAUGGCAGAAUCAGCACUUAUUCUGUGGACAAACUCCUGGAGUGGAUGCGUGCAGAGGUGACUCUGGUUCAGGAGUGGUGCAUAGGGGCCAGAUUUACGGUGUCAUGUCCUCCACUGGUUGUCGGGCUCUUGAGGAACCAAUUGUGUUCAUGAAUCUCUGUAGAUACAAGGAGUGGAUCCGAGAGAUUACUGGCAUAUACGCUGAAAGUCCUUCAUAUUAA